CUUUCAGCUUCUACCUUAAUUCGGUCUUUUAUUUCCUUUUGGGGUUAGGGCUUUCUUCAUUGGAACCAGAAAUGGCUUCGUCGAAGCCUUCAAUGAGGAAGCCGGUGUUCGUGAAAGUGGAUCAGUUGAAGCCGGGGACGAGCGGGCACACACUUACGGUGAAGGUGCUUGAGUCGAAGACAGUGCUGCAGAAGGGCCGAGCUGCAUCGGCACACCUCCGGCAGACGAAGAUUGCCGAAUGCCUUGUUGGGGACGACACGGGAACCAUCAUAUUCAAAGCCCGAAACGACCAGGUUGACAUGAUGAAGCCCGGUGCCACAGUUAUCGUCCGCAAUGCAAAAAUUGAUAUGUUCAAGGGGUCAAUGAGGCUGGCUGUGGACAAGUGGGGACGAGUUGAGGUCACUGACCCUGCUAGCUUCAUCGUUAAGGAGGAUAACAACUUGUCUUUGGUGGAGUACGAGCUAGUUAAUGUGGAGGCUGAAGAGUGAACGCAUUCCCUAUGUUAAAUAGAUCUAUUCUGAUGGAGAACCUCUUCAAAUGCCCUUUUUUCUUUGCUUAAAUCUGUUUCUCUCUCAACAAAGUAAAAUUUGAACGUUGUAGCCAGUUUUAUAUAUGCAAAUAGCCACUGUGCAGCAGUAGAUAUCAUCAUCUGUCUAUUAGUAUUAUGGGUUGUGGAUGGAUUGUAAAUGAAGUAAUUACUGAUGUACGUAAAGAUAUUGACUAUAUAUCAGAAGUUAUCUAGUUUAGAUGUUAGAAAAUUA